AUGUUGAUUUCUCGUCGCAGUGCUUCUAUCUCCCCUUCGCCGCCAUCGCUUCCUUGCAUCGCUCGCUCGUACCGGCGUCGCAUUGGCCACCGUUGCAUUGGCUACCGUCGCAUUGGCUACCGUCGCAUUGGCUACCGUCGCAUUGGCUACCGUCGCAUUGGCUACCGUCGCAUUGGCUACCGUCGCAUUGACUACCGUCGCCUUGGCCGUCGUCGCAUUGACGGUUUCGCACUGGCCGUCGUCGCAUUGACCGCUGUCGCACUGGCCGUCGACGCAUUGACCGCUGUCGCACUGGCCGUCGUCGCAUUGACCGCUGUCGCACUGGCCGUCGUCGCAUUGACCUCUGUCGCACUAGCCGUCGUCGCAUUGACCGCUGUCGCACUGGCCGUCGCCGACAAUUCCGCCUUCCCCACCAAGGCCACCAUCAACGCCGGCAAAUACGGCGUCAACGGCGCUGUGCAGUACGAGUUUCCUACCAACUGGCUGAACCGAACCGUCACCCCGCAGAAGCGCCGCGUCAAGGUCUACAAUUUUGUGCUGGAAGGGUUGUUGAAAAACGCGGAGAGCAUCACCACGGCUUCGGGGAAGACUCUGAGUGUUCUCGUGAUGGAUAUUCUCAAGGCUCCGCGCAGCUACUACGGGCUUGUCACGUCCCCCUCGUACCCUAACGGCGCCAUUCGUGGGCAGCUCUAUAAGAGCUGA